AUGUCUUCGUCAACUCCAAUCAAGCUUACCUCGUCUCGCUAUGGACCUUCUUCCAAAUUGUCUCCUAAAAUCCAGGUGACUUCUUACCAUAUGAGCGUACAAGAGCGCGUGAAAGGUAUUAAAGCCGUUGUAACAUCCGACCAAUCUACAUCGAAGAUGAUAGGCGAGCACCCUAUGAACAUCCUCACCCUCAAGUCUGAAGAGCGCCAGCUCCUCCUCGAAGGACCAAGCAUUAGUAUCAUUGCUGAUGGUAAUAUCAUCAUCCGUAAAGCUGUCCCUUUGCGAGCUCUCAAAGCAUCCUGUACAAAAGUUCACGAUCUUUUCCAAGUCAAACCUCGAGCUACCCAGUUCCGAGUGUAUGGUAAGAUCAACCAAGAAAGCGUCGAGAGGCUCCUUGACAUUCUCUCCACUGAGAAUCUUGUGGAUGUCAAAGACAUCAAACUUGAACUGCCCUCCAUGGGAUUUGUAGAGGGCGUCCUAAUGUAUCAGGCCUGUCUUUGCCUGGGCGUCAUCUAUCACCACACAAAGCCGCUUAUCGACGUUCUUUGCGCACAAGUCACCGAUCGUCUUCUCACAACAGAGGAAAUGAGUACUAUCGUCAAUCGUUGUCCUCCACAAGACCCUCUAUUUAGACACCUUGCAAAUAGCUUGUGUCAUCGUCGCUUCAAGAAACAAAUCCCAGAUGUUGUUGCGUUUGAACAUUGGCUUGGUAAGAAGCCAGCAUUGCAAAAGGCGAUGUCGGAAAUUGAUCAAGCGCACAAAAAACGUCGCGCAGCCAUUAAGAAACGAAAUUGUUCGUGGAGAUCCGACAGCGUAUUGGCUAAAUGGGGCGAAGAUCAAAUGUAG